UUAAAAACUAUAGAAGAAGAAAAAAAGCAGCGAAGAAGAGUAUAAAAAAACAACAUGGCAACCGUGCAAGUCAGCGAGGCUGAGAAAGUUUACAUCCUACACGGAAUACGGGAUGAUUUACGGGUGGAUGGAAGAGGCUGCGAGGACUACAGACACAUGGAAGUAGAAACAGAUGUGGUGUCCAACACUGACGGAUCCGCUAAAGUCACUCUGGGUCACACUGCAGUUCUGGUUGGGAUCAAGGCUGAGAUCGGAAAACCGAGGCCGAUGGUUGCAAACGAGGGAUAYCUGGAGUUCUUCGUUGACUGGUGGGUGUUUAUGCCGAAUUUGAUUUCUGRUUUUAAUAGAUUUCUUGUCUUUAAUAAAAUUGACAAAUGACAGGAAAUAUUUUUAAAAACCGGCUUGUAUUUGAGUCAUUCCCGCUGUGAGUUUACUUGAAUUCAAAGUCAAAACCAAUAAAAGCAGAUAGUCGUUCUUGAGUGGGUUAACGUCACUCGGGAAAGAAGUGCACUGG